CAGCGGCGGCCCCGCCGCCCCUUACAGAGCCGUCCGGGCAGGGCCAGUGGUGCCCGAGGAGGAGGAGGAAGAAGAAGAAGAAGGCGGCUGAGGCGAGGGGCGCUGAGGGAGGAGGUGCUCCCUGCCCUGAGGCAGCUGCGGGGAUGCGCUGCGGAUUUGGCCGGUUCUGGCUCCCUGCAGCCUCUCCCUGGCUGUUACUGGGCUCAGGCCUGGGGCCCACUGGAGAGCACGGACAUCACAGAGAAAAGGAGACUGAGCUGAAUCCCUCCAGCAGCUUGGCAGAUACAAUGUCUGCCCCGAGUGGCAUCCCUGCCCCAUCUGCACCACCUUCUUAUGAGGAAACAACAGGAAUCAACGUGAACUAUCCCCACCCAUAUCCUGUCCCAGACCCUGGCCAGAAACCAGAUGGGAAGGGGAUGAACCCUCCUCCGUACACAGGACAGCCUAUGCCAGCAAAUAACCCCGUUACAGUUCAGACGGUGUAUGUGCAGCAACCUGUAGUGGUAUUUUAUGACCGCCCAGUUCAGAUGUGUUGCCCUUCCUGUAACCAGAUGAUUGUGACACGUCUCUCGUAUGAGUCAGGAGCAUUGACUUGGCUGUCAUGUGGUGGCCUCUGCCUGCUGGGGUGCAUAGCUGGCUGUUGCUUAAUUCCCUUUUGCGUUGAUGCCCUAAAAGAUGUGGAUCACUUCUGUCCAAACUGCAAUGCUCAUGUUGGUUCUUACAAGCGUUUAUAGGCAGUGUUUAAACAUUGAUAACUGAUUGAUUUGAAGUUGGCUAGCACCUCUGUAAGCCCCUUCUGAAACUUCAUGGAGACUUUGUGAUUGUUUCUGUGCAUCCUGUCACUGGAAACCAAUCAAAAAUAAUGUUUAUUGCUAGAUUGUUUGAAUAAGAAUUUGCUAAGAAUAAAGGAUUCUGACUUAGGUCUGUAGAAAGUAUGUAUAAUCUUUAUGGGCCACCCAGUCCAGCACCAGUCCAGCACCUAAGUGUUGUCUCUCUCUGCUUUAUGCAAAACAGAUUGGUGAUGUCGGUCCAGUUCAUCUCAUGUCAGUCAUGUUGCACACUGGUGUGUUUGCUUAGAGCCUCAGCACAGACCAAGAGGAGAAUGUCUGGAGAACCAUAUAGUCUCACGCUUGGUGUUGAUGCUUUUGCAACAGCACUGUUUACAAACUGGCAGGGAGUUGCUUGCCUCUGACAGACGUGCCCCUCUGACAAAAGAAGUGGUUUUGGUCCCCAAUGUUAUCAUUUGGGCACCUUUUUAUGAGCACUAAAAUUCACUUUAAAACUUUCUCUGUGAAAGACAACCAAACCUAAAGGCUUCUUCCUUCUGGAAGCUGCAUUACCAAAUGGCGGUAAACAAUAACUCAGGUUAUUGUGCAUCAGCAGUGAUUCAAUCUAGUGCCUGAAUUUCCUUGCCAGUUUUGAGUCCAGACGUAUCUCUACUUUGCAGUGAACAUGCUUAUACGGGAAUUUCGAAUAGAUAUUUUUUUCAGAUUUUUUUUUUCUUUUUUUACUGCCGAUUUAUGUCUGUGCUGUCUGUGAAAUGUUCUCUUCUCCCCACCUCAUUGGAAAUGCCAAUAGAGCCUCAGUUGUAGUGUUGGAAGGCUUCCUUAUACAUUUACGUGAGUUCACUGAUGGAUCAUAAACAAACCUCAGUCUUAUCUUAAAGCUGGAAUUCCACCUGCAAAACACAAAUAAAUACAGGACCCGUGUUUUUAAUUGUUGAUCUGUUUGUUAGCUGUGGUUUCUUCAUUGAGAAGGUAGCAUGUUUUUAAGGAGUUUCUCUGAUGAUUAUUUAGACUUGUACUCUGAUUUUUCCAAAUGAAAGAUAAGUUCUGUUCUCAGAAACCUAAGCUGGAUAUGCUUAGUUUAGAUGAUGAUCACAGAAAAUUAACAGGUGACACUCUGAAGGUUGAACUAUUUUAAACAGCAGACUAGGUCCAAGUGACAUCUAAAUGCAUUUGAGUGAUACCUGCCUAGAGAAGGCAGACAAGUGUUUAAACAAGGCUGUGAUGCUAACACUGUAUUAAUCUCUGUAAAAAGCUAAAAUAAAUACUGCAUUUAUUGUUCUUGCCA